UCAGUCGGAACAUCGGUCGUGUAACGAUUACACGUCCUUUUCAUUUACGGUUUCAAAACAAAAAACAACAAUGAGUCUUUUACGCGUAAGUCUCAUCGCUCUCCUAUACGCAGUGACAGUGCAAACAAUCGAACUUCCGCAUCCAUUAUCAGAGGAAUUCAUCGAACUUAUAAAUGCAAAGCAAACUACAUGGAGAGCCGGACGCAACUUUCCGUUAACCACACCGAUGAAACACAUCAAGAAACUGAUGGGGGCGUUACCGGAUGAAAAUCUGAAGAAGCUGCCUGUUGUAACACACAAACCGGAGGUGAUCGCUAGUCUACCAGACAAUUUUGAUCCCAGAGAUAAGUGGCCAAACUGUCCCACUUUAAACGAGAUCCGAGACCAAGGAUCCUGCGGCAGCUGUUGGGCUUUCGGCGCAGUCGAAGCGAUGACUGACCGUGUGUGUACUUACUCUAACGGUACGAAGCAUUUCCACUUCUCCGCUGAAGAUUUAUUGAGCUGUUGUCCGAUCUGUGGUCUCGGCUGCAACGGUGGUAUGCCAACUCUCGCCUGGGAGUACUGGAAGCAUGCCGGCUUAGUCUCUGGCGGCAAUUACAACUCCAGCCAAGGAUGCAGGCCUUAUGAAAUACCGCCCUGUGAACAUCAUGUUCCCGGUAACAGAAUGCCAUGCAACGGCGAUCAGUCGACUCCUAAAUGCAAGAAAACCUGUGAAGAUGGAUACAAUGUCAAUUAUAAAAAAGAUAAGAGAUAUGGCAAGCACGUUUACUCUGUUAAAUCUCAGGAGGACCACAUCAGAGCCGAAUUGUUCCAAAAUGGUCCUGUUGAGGCUGCGUUCACUGUUUACUCAGAUUUGCUUACAUACAAAGAAGGUGUUUAUAAGCAUACACAGGGAGACGCUUUAGGUGGGCACGCCAUUAAAAUGGUCGGUUGGGGUAUCGAGAAGGGUACCAAAUAUUGGCUCAUCGCUAAUUCCUGGAACACCGAUUGGGGUAACAACGGUUUCUUCAAAAUACUGCGUGGAGAAAAUCAUUGUGGCAUUGAGGGUUCAGUAGUCGCUGGUGAACCUUUGCUAGUCGAAGAUUAAUACUAGCGCUAUAUAAUCUGUACGU